AAGAAGCAAAAAGGAAUACAAACAACAAAUUUGAAAAAAACAAUACAACAAAUUGUAUAUCGGGUGAAAUGCGUAGAUUUAUAUUUUGUUAGUUAUUUCAUAUUUAUAGUGAAUUUGACCGUCAUAUUCGUUUCUCUUGUACACAAAUAGUUCGCGGAAAUUAAUAGAGGAACACCGAACAAAAAAUAUUCCGAAAUAGUGUGUGUUUGUAUUUUAAAGAAGGACCGUUGUAUUAUAUACAUAUAUUAUAGCCAGAAGCAAUUCGUUCCCACAAAUACGGAGAACAAUGACCAAUUUGGAGAAGCAGCACGAACUGGUUAAGAACAGUUUGGUGCAAUUUGUAAGUGCACACAUACCCGGUGCCGACUUUAGUGUCGUUGAUGAAAUAGUUCUAUCGUACGUGAUUUCCAUUCUGGAAGAGGCCUCACAGGAUCCCUGCUUCGAUGUAGAGGGAUUCGUAGAAAUGAUGAGUGCAUAUUUCGCAGAAUUCUCCUCUAUUGACCAGGGCAUAAUAUGCGAUUGGAUUUACAAAUUGGCAAACGAACUUCUACAGUUGCAAAAAAAUCCAGACAAACAUGGUGCGGCCAAUUUAUCAUUGAAUUCACUUUCCUUGUCGGAUAUAAUACCCGAGUCCAAGUUGCGGGCUCGCAAUUCUUCUUCUUCUUCUGAAAAGGACGAAUUUCCAUUGAGCGAACCUGACGAAUACGUGCAGCCCAACAAUGGGUAUGAUAUUAAUGCAAUAUACAACCAGGAAAUAAAAAUAUUGGAAGAAAUGUUUCCUGACACACCAUCAAUUGAGAUAAAGUAUUGUAUUACAAUCGCUAAUGGAGACAUAGAUGGGGCUACUCAAACAUUGUUGCAUCGUCAGGAUACCGGUCAAAGUUUAACAGAUAAAUCUCACACACACGCUGGUCGCAAAAAUGUUGUGGCCGAUGACACCGAACUUAAAAAUCGCAUUAUUGCAAGAUAUUCCUAUGUUGAUAAGGAUUCGGCCAAGCGUGAGUAUAAACCAAUGGCACCGAAAGUCGAACCGAAGAAAUUGGUACGUUACAGGGAUAAUAAGAUAGUCUCCCUAAAGGGCGAACGUUACACUGAAAUUAAACGCGACGAAGAAGCUGAAUUAAAAAAACCCAAAAAGCCAAUUCAGCCGUAACUAAAGUUGAAGAAAAUCUACUACAAAUAUUUUAUAAGAAAGCUACAACUCCACAAAACAUUAUUGCGUCAUCAUGCUUAUGAAAAUAACCAAGAUAAUAGUAGUUGCAGCAAUAAGAACAUGUUGCACCAUGCACCUACAUGCAAUGAUAUCAAUGGAGUGAAGAUGCAUGAACAAAAUUCAGACGUGAGGGAGAGCGGAGCAGCAGAAAAGAGAAAUAAUUUAAACUUAAGUCACUUUCAAAGUAUUAUAGAUAAAUUAGUGUUUUGUGUAUCCAAAUUCUUCCCCACUUAUAACCUCCAGAAACUCGACGACACUGAUACCACAAAUAUCGGCGCAGCUCCUUUAACCAGUGAAGAUGGCUGCUUAAAUAAUCUCCUUAAUAACAUUUAUAAAGCACGUAUAAUAUUAGUAGCACCACUACUAUCAAACUAUCAAGCAUACACACAAUUAAACAUUAACACAAUGUUGUCAAGUAAUUUUUAUGCACCAACUGUUCCAAAAGCGGCAACAGUAUCAAUCAGGGGUGACAGUGAUGAUGGCAUGCGUAACAACCAAAAACUAGAAUCUCCCAAAAUGUUUACACUCUCUCCAUUUUAUGCGAUUCUUUGGAAAGACAUAAUGGCGAGCAUUUUUAAAGCCAAAGGUAGGGGACAACAAACAGUUGCACGACCAACACUUACACUUACAUUAACACCAACAACAUUAUUAUUAGUUAACCAUGAACCAUUACCAAAGCUAUGUGGCAUUGACAUGGAUAGUUUCUUCAAGCAGUUUGUUGUGAUGACCAUUGUUAGUAUAAUUGAUAUUUUAUUGUUUAAGUUUUUUUCCUCCCAUGCGUUAUUGUCUGAUACAUUCUUGUGUUCCUUAUUUACCAACAUAUUUUGUUGUUGUUUCAUCUAUUUCUUACAACCACUGUCCCUUAGAAUGACUCUGUUGAACAAGUAUUCCAGUUUACCGCAGGAAUGCAAAUACCAGUUUGUUAAUCAUUCCAGUGAAAUUGUUCAAAAUAAAUUGGAUGACUGGCCAUCGGCACAAUCGAAAGGCAGUGGUCAUUAUUACGAAUAUGAUUUUGUUAAACAAAAUUUGCCAAGGCAUGUGUUAAAUUGUUGGCUUGUUUUGAAUCGUUUAUGAGUUUUUAUAAUAUCUGCGGCUAUUAUUAGUUGAUUUUACGUAUAUCCUUAUUUGUUAUUUAAUAGAAACUUAUGACGUAUUAAUGGGUAUGUUUCAUUGGAGACAAGUUGUUGUUGUUGUUGUUGUACGCUAGCAGAACGUUUGAAAAUGCAACGGUAACAAUCGAUUGAAUAUGUAGAAGUGCUAAAACCUUUCUUAUGGAUUAAAGUUUUAAUUUGCAGAUAGCGAUAGUUAAAAUUUUAAAACAGCGGAUUAUUGCAAGAAAUGUAACAUGGAUUCUUCUUAAAAAAGGCAUACAGUACAUUAAAGUUUAUUACCUCAAUGCAAAACCAAAGAGAAGAAAAAACACUUCGGACCAACUGUGGACCCCUCUGUCCGUGCGGACUAUCCUACUACUGCAUACAAAUGGAAUUUUUAUAAAAAAAAAAUAUUUUCAUUGCCAUAACCUUGGUGGCCACUGUACCUCGGAGGUUACCAUGUUCGUCUAUGAAGCUGAACGCCUCGUCUCGAAAGCUGGCGAGAACAUCAGAAACAAUUUUUCAGCUGUGGUUCUGCCCUCCUAAUGCUGGCGACAUUUGUCAGUUACUAUGCCAUGCAUAGAAGUCAAGCCAAACAAACUUCUUCCCGAAGAGGUGUCGCACUGCGGCACGUCGUUCGGACUCGGCUAUAAAAAGGAGUUCCCUUAUCAUUGAGCUAAAACUUGAAUCGUACAGCACUCAUCGAUAUAUGAGAAGUUUACCCCGGUUUCUUAAUGGAAUGUUCAUGGACGGAAUUGCAAUACAAUGCCAUAACUUACAAUUACUUGCGACACAAUGUACCUUUAAUUCCAAACGCAGGCACUCCCACUCGAGGAUAUUCUUGUUGCUAUUGUGAUUUUUAACAAACUACUCUCGAAACAUACCCUUUUUUUGUUAGAGAAGAAAGGAAAAAAAUUGAUAAACGAGCUCAAAUAGACUUAUGGAUCUGUAAUAAUAAUAAUAUCAAAACAAACUAACAAAAAGUAUUCUAUUUUCUUAGUUUUUUUUCUAGGUUAUCUUUUCUAAAGAAAUAAAUUUAAGUAUGUAAUUGUAAAUUUUUUAAAACAAACCAAGAAUUUAAAGAAAUUUAAUUUAUUUUUUUGUAAACAAACGAUUCUAAAUCGUUUUUUAUAUACACACGUACAUACAUAUAUGUAUAUGUAUGUAUAUGCAACUAUUAAAAGUUAAAUGUCAUCAUAAAAAAAACAAAAAAGCUAAUAUUGAAGAAAUUCAACGUGGAAGAAGAAGAAAAUCAAUUAUACUCAGCUGAAUAACAAAGCACGAUUGCAGUCAAAAAGAAGUCGUUUUUUUUUUAUUCAAAGUAAACCACAAUCCCCCACAGGCUGUUGGCACAGAGGUCCUUAUAUCUUCAAAGUUUGACUGUAGCAGCGGCCAACAAACAAACGAUCUACUAGUCCUAGUCUUGAAAGACAAACUAUUAUUAAAUUAGACCAAAAACCACGCUAAUAUCUAAUAUUUAUUUUAAUUGAUAAAAACGCAAACAAAAGACCACAAUGAAAUAACUUUGGUGAUGGUUAAAAAGACAGACAGACAGAGAGAGAGACGUAUAAAAA